AUGUCCCGCCAAACACUGGAAACCGAUCCCAGGACUAGCCCGGCGCUACUAAAAGGGCUUCAUCCACUCUCGCUUGGGAAAGACAACUCAACGCCUAUACCGCCACCGGAUGCCUCACUGGAGUCCCUGCAGAAGAUCAUAGCAACCAUGUCGGAGAACUUCUCCCCUCUUUGGGAGACGUUUCCCAACGAUCUACCGUCGGAUAAGGAUGAGCCACCUGUUGAACGAUCAACCUUCCACGUGGACGGGGAAGAUGGCAACAAGAUCACGGUGUACGUAUUCAGACCUCAGCCUGCCGAGUCCAGGGAUAGCGUGCAUGAGCUUCCAGGAAUCGUUUAUACUCACGGAGGAGCAAUGACAAUCUUGAAAACGCUUGGACCUGUGCACGAGCGAUGGUGCACGUCUCUCGCAUUGCAGGGAUCUGUCGUGUUCCUCGUUGACUUUCGGAACGCUUGGGGCGAGGGAAGAGUCCACAAUCCAUUUCCUAAGGGCUUAAAUGAUUGUGCCUCUGUUGUGAAAUACAUUGGUGAAAGAAAGAAGGAGUUCGGCAUAGGAAACCUGGUCGUGCAAGGCGAGAGCGGAGGAGCGAAUUUGGCUUUGGCUGUGGCGUUGAAAGCAAAGAAAGACGGAUGGGUAGAUCUGAUUGACGGCGUGAGUGGACAGGCUCCGUACUUGAGUGGGGGAUAUGGAUGGCCAGAGGAGAGAAAGAGAGAAGAACUGCCAAGUCUUCUCGAAUUCGACGGCUAUGUGCUGCCCUGUGGGAGCCUCGCGGCAAUGGCGAAGUGGUAUGCUCCGAAUGAUGGCGAGAAUCCUCUCGCUUGGCCAUACUAUGCCACUGAGCAGGACUUGACGGGCUUGCCACCACACCAUAUCACAAUCAGUGAGCUAGACCCCCUGAAGGAGCAAGGCAAGGCAUACCAUAGGAAGUUGCUGGCAGCGGGAGUCAAGUCGACUGCAGUCGUGGUCCUGGGACUUUCCCACGGUGCAGCGAUAUUGUUCCGACAAGCUCUACCAGAUGAGCACCGUAAAGAGGCCAGAGAGAUUGUGGCGUUCGCGAAGAGUCUCUAA